GCUGGUGCAAGGAUCGGUGAUUAACAACUCGAGGAUUGAUGUAUUGGAAAUUAUGAAAUGAUGAAAUUUCAUCUUUUGCGUUGUUUGAGGUGUUUGGUUUCUCUAAGCGUGGUACCGAAUCAAGGGCCUUUUCCUUUGAGGGGCUAAGAUGUCUUGCACUUUUCAUUCAAAUCUGAAUAGUGCAUUCUAUUCUGGUUUGCGGAAAGUAAAACAAGUAGGAAGGCGGAAAUUGUUGUUUGGGAAUCCUGGGUUAUGCCCUUUUAAGCCAUUUUCAACUCGUGCGGGUGUGCAUUCAUUAUUACAACAUCCAGCAGUGUUUGCUGUGAGUUCGCCUUGUCGUUCUGUUUAUCAGGAACGGAGCCUCUUGGCUGUUGGAGCAGUUCAUAGAACCUUUUCUGCCAUUGAACUAACAAGUCAGGUUUUAGGAUAUCAAAGAAGUCAUUUGAACAGGCCACAUCGGAGGCAACCAAUGGCUGCUUCUGGUUCUAAAACAGUCAUCCAGGAUAUUUAUCUGGAUGACUUGAGUACAAGUUGUGGGAAUGUGUCAAAAUUCAUAAAGCCUACUGGUGUUUUCUUCAAUGAUAGAAGUUUUCACAGCUGCCAAAGGGCUAGCAUGAGUUUGAGAAAUCGAGGAACACCAAAAUGUCCCCUGGUGCACGGGCAUUUCAUGUUAGAUGUAAUGCAGGGGACUUGCAAAUCCAACCCACUUGGUGGGCUAUGGUUGAGAAACUCCCAGAACUCGUUCUCGACGUGCCAUGCUGCUGGUGCUGCUCCUGAUCUGUCCUUUGAAGGUUCUUCAAAUGAUGAACAGAUUGCAAGUUCUGCAGUUGCUUCUGACCAAAAUAUUCUAGGUGACAGAAUCUUGAAGCUACUGUCAGGAUCAUGUUACCUGCCUCAUCCUGCUAAGGAAGAAACAGGUGGAGAGGAUGCUCACUUUAUAUGUGCAGAUGAACAAGCAAUUGGUGUAGCAGAUGGUGUUGGUGGCUGGGCAGAUGUUGGUAUUAAUGCAGGAGAAUUUUCCCGGGAAUUAAUGUUGAAUUCAGUAACUGCAAUUCAAGAGGAGCCGAAGGGUUCCAUUGACCCAGCUAAGGUUUUAAAGAAGGCCCACUCAGGCACAAAAGCCAAAGGUUCCUCAACAGCCUGCAUCAUAGCACUCACAAGCCAGGGAAUUCAUGCUAUUAAUCUAGGUGACAGUGGAUUUAUUGUGAUUAGAGAUGGUUGCACUGUCUUCCAAUCCCCUGUGCAGCAGCAUGGUUUCAAUUUUACGUAUCAACUGGAGAGUGGGAGUGGUGCUGAUCUACCCAGCUCUGGUCAGGUUUUUACAAUCCCUGUUCUGCCGGGAGAUGUCGUCAUUGCAGGCACUGACGGUUUGUUCGACAAUUUAUACAACAAUGAGGUUACCGCUGUUGUGGUGCAUGCAACAAGAGCUGGUUUGGGGCCACAGGUAACGGCUCAGAAAAUAGCAGCUCUGGCGCGGCAGCGAGCACAGGACAGGAACCGGCAGACUCCAUUCUCUGCCGCUGCGCAGGAAGCUGGGUUCCGCUACUACGGAGGCAAGCUUGAUGACAUCACUGUUGUUGUAUCAUACAUAACCAGCUUACCCAUACCGUAAGCUCCCUCUUCUUGUCCAUAUCUUUUGCCUCUUCUGCUUGUUUUGUUCUGUUUUUGUACAUUUUCCCCCCUUGGUAUAACAGGGAAGAAGCCCAUUGAUUAAAAUUUUUCUUUUGUGGAGAAUGUACAUUGUUUUGGAGAUUAUAUUGAGUAUCAAAGUUUUUAUGACUGGUA